AAAAAAUCGGGGACUCUGUGUGUUUCCCUUCGCUGUCAGACACCUUGACACGACCGCGGUCGGUUUGCCUUUUAAACGGUGACUGAGACGUCGGAGGAGUGGCAGGCAGGCAGACAGACAAACGGGCACCGGGCUGUCUGGCGGAGGGGGGCUGAAAUGUGAGCGCCUCUGCAGGCUUGCGUCAAAGCCAGCUAACGCUAAACCGUGAUAGGACAAAGUCAGCGAGAAAGACGGUUAAACGGCCACGUUACCUCGUCAGAGAGCCGGCCAGCGCACGGGCCGGGCUAUUUUUGGCACGCGCGCACACACACACACACAUGCUCAGUUUAGCUGGCUGCCAGCCACGGCUGUCACUGUCGGCGGGUUUUUAAAGGAGAACCCGGGCUAACGGCGGCGGUGGUCGGUAACCAGCUUAUCCGUUAAUCGCACGCUGACAAGGGGGGGAAAAAAUCAGGGGAAAGGAGAUCCGGUUAAUAGCCUGACGUCGUAUCGCAGCGAAGAAGGGGGGGGCUCACAGCUCACACAUGAGGCCCAGCUGAAAGGAUGGAUCUGAAUUUUUACUCGGAUUUAACGGACGGUACCGGGCAGCACGACGGGGAUCCGGAGUUCCUGGAUCCGCAGUCUUUCAAUGGGUUUGACUCCGACAACAAGUUCCCCGGAGGCAGCGACAACUACCUGACGAUUCCUGGUUCCGGCCACCCCUUCCUCUCCUCUUCAGAGACGUUCCACACUCCCAGCCUUGGCGAUGAGGAAUUCGAGAUCCCUCCCAUCUCUCUGGACCCGGACUCUGCCCUCUCCGUGUCAGAUGUCGUGUCCCAUUUCGGGGAGCUGUCGGAAACUGGACCCUCGGACAGCGUGGUGGUACCCGGGAACGCCGUCGUUGAAGGUGACGACCCCUCGUUCGCGUCCACUUUUGUUAGUGCUGCCUCUCAGGGGCUGGAGCACCUGACUCUUGGAGUCAUGACCCAGUCAGGAGGGAAUACUUUGUUAGGGUCGUCGCUGGGAAUGGAUCUCGGUCAUCCCAUUGGCUCUCAGUUCAGCAGCUCGUCCCCGGUAACCAUCGACGUCCCUCUAGGUGACAUGGGCCAGGGUUUACUGGGGUCCAAUCAGCUCACCACUAUAGACCAAUCAGAGCUCAGCGCUCAACUGGGGCUCGGUUUGGGCGGCGGGAACAUACUUCAGCGGCCGCAGUCGCCCGAAAACCCGCUGUCGGCCACAGCCUCGCCCACCAGCUCGCUCCAGGAUGAUGACAUGGACGACUUCAGAAGGAGCGUCCUAGUCGAAUCUCCGGUCUCUCUGGCCGUCUCCCCCGGAGUCAUCUCCCUCGAUCCCUCCCCGUCUCAAUCCCCGCUGUCUGCGCCGACCUCUAGUGUCUCCUCUGCUACGGGAAGGAAAGGAGGAGCAGGAGGGGGGAAGAAGGGGAAGAAAAAGAAGGAUCCCAACGAGCCUCAGAAACCUGUGUCGGCCUACGCUCUGUUCUUCAGGGACACACAGGCAGCUAUUAAGGGACAAAACCCCAACGCGACUUUCGGAGAGGUCUCCAAGAUCGUGGCGUCCAUGUGGGACAGUCUGGGGGAGGAGCAGAAACAAGUUUACAAGAGGAAAAACGAGGCAGCAAAGAAGGAUUACUUGAAAGCGCUGGCAGAGUACAGAGCCAGUCUGAUUUCUCAGGCACCUAUUGAAGUCAUGGAAACCACACCAUCACCCCCACCUCCAGCCCCGGCUCCUGUGGUCACAGCCACGCCUACGCCCAUCCCCGCCCCCACCCCGCCCACCCGGCCAACCAGGUCGCAGCACUACAACCCAGAGGAGAACACCAUCACCAACAUCUGUACCUCCAACAUCAUCCUGGACCUGCCUCAGGUCACCACCCGGUCCCGCACCGGGGCCAUCAAACCGCAGCCUCCACCCGCGAGCACUGCCCUCAACACUGCCCCCGUCGCCAAAAUCAUCAUCAAGCAGACGCCGCUGCCUUCCGGCGGCAUGUCAGCUACAGUGACGACCGCCUCCUCGCCCCGCCAGCCGCCGCCGCUGCAGCAGAUGCAGAGCACCCCUCCUCCACCCCGGCUGCAGCAGAUGGUGCACGCCCAGGCGCCCCCGCCUCUCCAGGCCAAACCACGGGGUGGAGGAGGAGGGGCGGCGGCAGCCACCACUGCUCCGCCGCCGCUUAAGGUAGUGCCGUCAGCACGCCAGUCAGAUUCAAGCGCCUCGAUCAUUGUAACGUCAUCGGGGGAAACCUCCACGACAGUGUCUGCCGCCACCUCUGCUCUGGCGGUGGAGGUUGGACACACGGGUGAGGUGACGGGAGGAGAGGAAGUGGUUGAAGGCGAGGAAGGGAUGGAGGUGGAGGUUAAUGUCGCUCCUGGCCCGAGUGUGACUCCCGCCGCCAGCCCGAACAUUUGCGUGCGCGCCGGCUGCACGAACCCCGCCGUGGAGAGCAAAGACUGGGACAAGGAGUACUGUAGCAACGAGUGUGUCGCCACACAUUGCAGAGACGUUUUCAUGGCCUGGUGCGCUAUCCGAGGACAGAACUCCACCACGGUAACAUAGGACCAGGACACACCUGAGGGGAGGAGUGAUGCUCGAAGACAGAAAAGGAUGAGAAUACCACAUGAAAUGCAAACGAACAGAGAAAAGACUGAAUAAUUGACUCAGGUAUUGGCACAUAAUGGUUUGUUUUAUCGUGCUCCGUCAUCUUGUGGACACACAAAAGAAAGAAAGGAAAAAAAAAAGAAGUCCCUGUGUUGUACCUCCCUGUGGCACAAGAAGCUUCUCCAGCUGAAUAAAACAAACUCUUGAGUCAUCUGCGAAUACCGCGAUCACGUGGACGGCGAAGAAACCACAGAGGCUCGGCUCUGCUGCUCCAGACAUUUCCUGCUCUCGAUCAUUGAUUGUGAAUUUAAAACACAGACUUGAUAAAAAGUAAUGUUUUAUACGGGCUCACGGUGUUUUUGUUUUGAAAAGAUAGGGAGGAAAAAAAAAUCAUCACAGACGUAUUCAGUUUAUUCAUUUCAGAAAAAUUAAUCUUUACGUGUGUUUGCUAUUCCCUUUACUCAUCAUGGUGAGGACCAAUCAAUGUGAACAAAUUGUUUUGUUUGAGUCGUCUGUUCUUGAGUAAAGUGGGGCUGUUUUGGUUUUUUGGGGGGGUUUUUUUAAAAAAAAAAAGAAAGGGGGUUGGGUGCGGGGGCGACAUGCGGGCAAAAGCACAAAUGGUCUUAAAGCUACUUUGGAGUCGCGAAGAGGUUGAAAGGUCUGAAGCCAUUCAGAGACCCGGUGAUCUGCUGUCUGCUAAAUGCUGUUUGUCACCUUUUACAAGCCGCCUGAGGGGAAAAGAAACAAAACAAGGUUACUUCCAACUUAAAUAAGGUGCUAAGAUUCAGGAAAAGUAUCUCUGUCUGUCGUUCUCUCUUCCUGCUGGAAGGCCCUGUAUCCUGAGAGCUUUUUAAAUGUGUGCUGGGUUUUUCUUAAUGAGGAAAAAUUUCUGUUGGAGGAAAGAUAAACAAAAAUAAGAGAGAUGUGUAUCGGAGUAAAAUACAACACACCAGCUCUGACAAACACUACUUACUGUAAAGGGAAACUAGUGUCAAAGCUUUAUUUUUUAACCGGGACAUUGUUUCAGGUGAAACUGAAGAAUGAUGGCUGCUUCCAAAAAACAAACAACGCUUCCCAGUUUGAUGAGAUCCUGCAGCGCAGAUGUACUGGAGAUGUUUUUAAUCAUGAAAUAAAAAUAUUUUAUGUUUCAGUACACACCUGGUGACAGUUUGGCCUCACGUUUUAUGGCUGUAGUAACAAGAAUACACACUUUUAUUUUCUGUUUAUGAUUUUUCUACUCAUGUAACAAGGUUAGAUUUGCUGCCGAAUGUCUGACUUUGUUGUUUUUAUAUUAAUUUAAAGAAAAAGUGUGUGUGCGCCGUUCAGGAAAUAUAAGUAAAUAAAUACACAGACUGUAUGACACAAAAAAUAACAAAGCUAGAUGCUACGGCAUCGUGGCCUUGGACUCAUUUUUACAGCUUUUUAAUACGAAAAAAGGAGGAAUUUUAAUUAAAAACUGU